UAUUCGAUCCAAAAGGAUCAUUCACUCAUUAUCCUUGUGUUCAGUGAAGAAAUAAAAUCCUACGGUGAAGAUUUCGAAGAAGGGACAUUGACAAAGUGAUCCUGUCCUAGGGCAAAGGUUAUGUAUUUUGGCUGGCAGCCAGCUAGUCAUACAACUGGGUGAUAAGCUCACAUUGUUAUCUGUAAUGAAGAACAUGGUAGAAGAGAAGAUAUGGCAAGGCCUUCUUGUAUCACUGGAUCUGGAUUAGAGAUUUUUUUUAAAAGAAAGUUAAAAUUAUUUACUUUUGUUUUAGUGUUCCAAUUUCAUAAAUGUAUUUAUUUAUUUUUGUCAUUAAGGACUGAAUAUAGGACUUCAUGAAUGUUAGAUAAACACUAUGUCCCUGAACUGUAUACCCAUAUUCUUUUAUCUAAGUAGACUCAGAGAGUAGCAAUUAAAAUUCAGUGCUAAGCCACAGGAUAAACUAAUAUUCAUUGUGGCAUUUCCCUUAUUUUUUGUAUCUGAAAAAUAGUAGCUAACUAAGUAGCUAACUUAGUCAUUCAUAAUGAAAUAUACCAAAUGCAAUUUUGCCAUGUCCGUUUUGGGCAUUAUAAUCUACGUAACUGAUUUAGUUGCAGACAUCUUCCUAUCUGUUAGGUAUUUCCACAAUGGACAAUAUGUUUUUGGUGUUUUAACAUUAAGCUUUGUGCUUUGUGGAACACUCAUAGUCCAGUGUUUUAGCUAUUCAUGGUUGAAGGAUGAUUUAAAGAAAACAGGACAAGAAAAUGAGCAUUAUUUUCUUCUACUUCAUUGCUUCCAAGGAGGAGUCUUUACAAGGUAUUGGUUUGCCUUGAGAAAGGGUUACGAUGUGGUUUUCAAACACAGCAAAAGAACGAGUAAUUUCAUGGAGGAAAAACCGGAUCCUCACAGAGAAGCCAUAGACAUAGCCACCGACUUGAGCAUGCUCAGGCUGUUUGAGACCUACCUGGAAGGCUGCCCACAACUCAUCCUUCAGCUCUAUGCCUUUCUGGAACGUGGCCAGGCAAAUUUAAGUCAGUAUGCAGUCAUCUUGAUUUCCUGCUGUGCUAUUUCUUGGUCAACAGUGGACUAUCAAGUAGCUUUAAGAAAGUCAUUGCCUGAUAAAAAUCUCCUCAGGGGAGUCUGUCCCAAACUCACCUAUCUCUUUUACAAGUUGUUCACCUUGUUAUCGUGGACACUGAGUAUUGUGCUUCUGCUGUUUGUGGAUGUGAAGGUUGCUUUGUUCCUGUUGUUAUUUCUUUGGAUCAUAGGUUUCAUAUGGGCAUUUAUAAAGCAAACUAAGUUUUGUAACUCUCUAAGUAUGGAAUUCUUAUAUAGGGCUGUUGUUGGAGUCAUCCUUGUGUUUACAUUUUUUAAUAUCAAGGGACAGGAUACUAAAUGUCCAAUGUCUUGCUAUUAUACUGUAAGGGUGCUAGGCACCCUGGGAAUCUUGACUGUGUUCUGGGCUUACCCUCUCUCUAUUUUUAAUUCAGAGUAUUUUAUCCCCAUCAGCGCCAUUGUAAUUCUUGCUCUUCUCCUUGGGAUUGUUUUUCUUACUGUUUAUUAUGGCGUUUUUCACCCAAACAGAAAUAUAGAAGCACAGCACGAUGAAACUGAUGGAAAAUCAGUACAGAGAGAUUGUAGAAUGAGAUAUUUUCUAAUGGACUGAGUUGUGAAUUUAUGAGAAAUGUUUUAGUUUUUGUUUUCUCACCAAGUAAAGAAAAUGUCUCUUAUAUACAUGCAUUGUUUCUUAUUUUUGUCACCUUUGACUUGAAGUGAGUUAUGGUUUGUAGUAUUUUAUUAUUUAAAAUAACUUCUUCUGUAUGCUACUGAGGAUUAAGCCCAGAGCCUUGCGCAUGCUAUUCCAUCACUGAGUUGUACCUCUAGAUGUCUCGAUGGUUUCAGAAGUCUUGAGUACUGAGGUAUUUGCUUUCUGUCUGAUAGAGCUGCCAUCUCACUCCUCAAGUGGAAUAGACAAUGUGGUUCCCAUGAGGCCCACAAUGAGCUUCUCUCCAGCUUUCCCCCCAUGGUUCCUAGAACCGCAGUGCCUCCUGUGGACUACUGCCAGAGGAAGGGGAAGAGGAGAGUGGCUCACUCUUUUUUUUUCUACUUUCUUCAGUCAGCACAUGGCUCCUGAGUUUGGGACAGGGUGAGUGGAAGGAAAGGGGAUGGAGAAAAGACGAGAGCAAUUCUUAGAGUGAACGACUGUGCUCUUUGCAUGAACUUCCCACUUGGGAAACAAAGAGCAGAAUUGGAGAGGACAGAAAAAUACAUUGUUUACUGAUUAUUUAGCUUUAUAGACACAUUUUAUUAGUAGAUAAUAGUUAUAUAUGACAAUGAGUGUUAUUAUGGAGUUCAUAAAUGACAUAAUGUCAUGUUCCUACCUGAUCUGUCUCUGUCCUGCUUACCUACCUCUUCCCAACUUGCUUCCCUGCUUUCAAAUCUUGUUUUUAUUUGUUAUGACCCAACUAGUUUUCACUAUGGUUGUUUACAGGAACAUUGGCCCUUUAUGCCUCUCUCUUCUCAUCAGACUUUAAGUUACUAUAAAUCUUUACUGAGGCGUGGGCUUCUCAUUUCCCUCCUCCCUCCAUGACAGAUGUUGAUGGGCUCAGUUUCUUGUAGGUAUUGUAGCUCUGUGAGUUUGAGACCAUAAUAGCCAUGUCAGACCAGAGAAAUUGUUCUACACCACUACCUCCUCUCUCUAGCUCUUACAUUCUUUUUGACCCUUCUUUUAUGCUAGUCCCUGAGCCUUGGGAGGGGGGUGACAUAGAUAUCCCAUUUACAGCUGGGCACUCAACAGUGGCUCAUUCUCAGUACUUGGACUGGAAUGUGCAGUCACCAGUGAACACUCAGAAAGAAGCUUCACUGAGUAGAGCCAUCAGCAGUGCCAAACUAUCAAUGCAGGUGUUCAGAAGACAAUUUGAUGGGCACAUCAUGCCUCUUACAGCAAAUCUUGAUAUCAUUUUUAUUAGUUACAUUUAUGCUGAGUAGUUUUAAAGUCAGAUUUGAUUCAUAUUAUUUAAAAAAUCUGGUAAAAUAUACAGCAAAAUGUCUUGAUCAUUUUAAGUAUAGUUCACUAGUGUUAACUAUACUCACUUUUUGCAAUAGAUACCUUUUCACUUUGCAAAGCUCCGACUAUAUACGAAUUGACGAGAAACUCUUCCCUCUGAUCCUGGCAAUAAGUUUAUUUCAUGUGUCAUGAUGUCUCCAAGGCUCAUUCAUGUUGUAGUAUGUGGUAUAUUUUUGUGUGUUUUUCAUGACCAGAUGAUAUUCCAUUGUAUGUAAAAGCCACAUUUUCUCUAUUUGUCUAUCAAUAAAUAUUUGAGCUGCUGUCA